ACAGUACAUUAGCAUUUAGCUUAGGCAGCUAGUGCAGAUAGUUAGUUAAAACUUUAACGUCACACAAACAGCACCGGUCUGCACGACAAGCGUGUUUUGUUUUGUUCAUUUUAGAUUCAAUCCUGCAGUCAAACAAACCGACAUGGAUUUUUACUUGAACGACCUACCAUCCACCUCACUGUCCAAUCCCAAAGGCGGGCAUGAAGAUUCACAGAUGACAGAAGACGCCGAAUCACCUGGAGGAAAGUCCUCAAGCCUUAGCAUGACUGAUAUUCAAGAGCAGAAUACCAGCUUGAGAGUAACUGACAUCAGCAGUAGAGUUCAGGAACUGGUGGAAAAGAUUAACAACAGCCGCACUCGUGACCAGAAAGUGAUGGACAGCUUCCAGGACAAGUUAGUGGAACAGGUGACAGAGAUGUGUCAGCAGAUGAAGGGGCAAUUGUUCACAGUGUAUGAAGAGAACAGCAAUGAGAUGCAGGUGAAGUUAAUGGAGUUGUCGCAGGUGCUGGAGAGCUGCACUAAGCUCAACAGUGAGCUCAAGGAAGCCAGUCAUGCACUGGCAGGUCUUAGAGGGGCCUUGGCUAUUAACCAGACAUCAGAACCCUAAAAAUGAGUCGUUGUUCUGAUGUCCGCAUUAUUUUUUUGAAUUGUUCCGAGUUUGUUCAUGUGCUCUUUUGUUUCUGUUGAGUAAUCUGAAUAGUUGCCUUACUCAAAUGCUGGAGUGAAAAAUAUUACUCCUUUUGCUUUCCUAUUUCUUCCUAUUUUUCUAAGAAUACAUGGUACAUUGUGUUUUUGCUAAAAGAACAUUUUAGUAUUUGCAGUUGCGAUUCUUAUAUUUUCAGUAACUCAAACAUCUAAUGUGAAUGUCUAUCUAUCCCUGGUUUGCAGUUUUUGCAUAUGUUCUUCAACAUUCCCCGGAAACAUUGUAUUGCUUUUUAUCUGUGCUAAUAAUUGCAUUCAAAAAACACUCAAACAAAAGCUGAAUCCAAGUUUUAAGUGUGUUCAAUUUCAGCAUCUGUUAAGUCAAUUAAAAAACUAUAACUAACAAACAGAAUAAACCACAUUAUUUUUGUUCUUAGAUGUUGACAAAUUGCAUCAAAACUUAAAUGUGUAAGCUAAGAUAGUGUGAUCUUUAGACAUACAAUUACUAACAUGAUAAUGUAAAAUGACAACAGAAGGCAAUGUCAUUUGAG